UGAAAAUUGACUAAAAACCGUGUAAUCAAUUAGCCAAGAAUAUGGUUUUUCAACUGAAGGAAAACUUGCGUUCUGCCAACAUGCCCGAUUUAUCAUUGUACAAACAGACGGUCGAUUUGUACCUUUCGAUUGCUCCUGCCCGCAGUAGGGAUCCUCUUGCUGCUAUUCAUGAGCAUUUGGAUAGUAUGGUUCUCAGUAAAAUGCCUCGAAUCAAUGGAAUUUUGUUGGCAUACGACAAUGUUCGAUUUCUGGAAAAGAGCGCAAAAAUUAUGUAUGACUCGCCUUUUUCCUAUUGUUGGAUUCGUGUAGACGUUUUAGUUUUUUCUCCAAAGAAAGGAGACCGUCUUGAAGGAAAAAUAAAUCUGGUGAGUCCUAGUCAUAUUGGUCUCUUGGUUUUGGGGAUUUUCAAUGCGUCCAUUCCUCGAAAAUCCAUUCCUUCUUCUUGGACCUUUAUUGAACCGGACACUACAGAAGAACAAGGGCGUUGGAAAACUAAUGAUAAGCAAACCGUGGAACCAGGACAGUCGUUAGAAUUUCAAGUUGAUGGGCUUCAGCGCGAAGCUGGAUUGACAAUGGUGCAAGGAACAUUAAUUGAAAAAUCUUAGUUUUGUAAUAGAUGAAAGGAAUAAGGAUUUUUUUUUGGGCUCGGACUUGCAAAUUAUACAUACAACUACUCAUUCGUAAUCUCUUUUCAAUUGAGUUUCUGAGAAUAGCAUCUCAGUACUUGUACUUGUUGAAAUAUUAAAGAGAGCAAAUACUGUUAAUCUUGACAAUUAAGAAAGAAUCCAUACUAAGCAAUGGGUGAUAUUAC